GUACAUGUAUUCUGUGGGCUGCAAUGGCGUCUUUGUGAGUUGUUUUUUCGCACCAAAUUUUCUCAAUUUAAUGUUUUGAAUACAGAAAUUAAUGUUUACGUGUUGGAUUUAAGGUGCCUUCUGUAAAACUGUUAGUUUUUUCAUAAUUUUAAGUUGUUUCAACGUAUGUUUUAAAUACCAUGUUUUGUACUGGGCGAGGCGAUUUUGUUAAUGUGUCCUUAAUCGCUCAAAAAUACACAAACUACGCGUUUAAAAGCAUUUAACGUGUGUAUUAAUCCAAUAAGUUGUUUUAAAGAGCAAAAAUGGACAAGAAAAAUAAAAAGAGGACUGUUAUUAAGCGGAAAAGUGACGAUCCUGUUGAGAGUGAAAAGAAAAAAAUCAUGGUGAAUAGAAAAGUUGAAGAAGAUAAGGACAAAGUUGAGGUUGUGAAUCAAGUGGUGGAGGUUCCUGCAGAGCAGGGUCAACAAAUCGUUCACACGGGUCAGUUGGUGGAAGGCAAUUUCGAGCAGCCGGUAUUUGUAAAUAUGAAAGGAGAACCUGUUCAGUUAGGGCCAAAUACGGUCAUCUUAUAUGAACAGAGUGGGAAUCCUUCAAAUUUUGCGUUUGGCGGUAUGUGGACAAUGGACUCCUCGGGUAGGAUCGUUAUGGCAGAGACUAUUUAUGACGUCAAAGGAGAACCCGAUGAAGAGACCGGUACUUUCGUUCAGAAUACUACUGAAGUUAGUAGUCAACCAGUUGAGGAGCAAACUAGCACAUAUCAACAGUAUGAAUUAAGUACCAAUACUCAAGUGGAAGGGCAAGAAUAUGAGGUGGCCAUCAUUGAGAAUCCAGGGGAUACUAAUGAGAGGUCUACAGAGAAUGAGGUGAUAUCAACGGAGGCUCAGUUGGUGGCAACAGGUCCCGGUGCAGUUCGUUGGCUGAACCAGAAGUAUGACUUUGUUGUGAGAAAAUUGCAGUUGAAUUAUGAUGCCGGUGUGAAACUGAUGUACUCACUAUCCGGGUGCAUCCAGUGCGUAUAUCUAACUACCCCCAGUAUGCAGCUUGCGUUCAAUGCAGUUCCUCAAUUUCUCUGCAUAGAAACAGGUAUAGAGUUCAACAGCAGUAUGUCGACUGUGAACGGUUCUGGUACAUCCAGAAUUAAGCACAAUGUCACUCUGUUCCUUGCCGAGGAUGGAAAUGGGAAGUCUGUCAUAGUUAGUGCUGGCAUAUCAACGCUGAUUGGUGAGGAUCUCACGUGGCUGCUGGAUACCUUCAAGUCCUGCAAUCCGGCAUGGCGACAAGUGCGAUGUAUCGUGUGUGAUCCCACUAAGAGUGAACAGGUGAUUAAUAUUUAUUAACAGUUUGAUUCCAAUGCGUCGCCAACUGAGGGGCGGAGGUAGCCAUCUCUCUGGUGAUCCGGUGUUAAAAUAGAGAGGAAGAAUUAAGUCAGUAAUUAAUUAAAAAAGUCAUAUAAAACACAGCAGCCUCAUACUGCUAUUUAAUGCUGGCGUUUUGUGCCAGUGUGGUCCUUCCACAGUAGAGUGACCAAUGCAACAACAAUAACACCAAAGAGAAUAUAAUCACUACGUUUAAGAGGCGGGACUUCCUAACAAAAAGUAAGCUAGUAGUUCUCGUGUGGUCCCAUAUGAAUUUGAUCAAGUAGAUAUAAUAUAUAAUAGAUAGAAGAAGAUAGUUUUUGAGUUAUUCUUGAGGCCUAAACAGUGGUUGAAAUGCCUAAAUCGUGGAUAUUUAAGGCGCAGGUUGAGCAAAAUGUCGCGCUAGUCGUUAUUUGGGCGGUUUUUAGGAGCUAUCUACUUUUUAUUUAAAAGAUAUAUCAACAAAUAAAAAACACAUUAUAUUUCUACAUAAUCUUGAUUCCAUAAAAGCUAUACCCAAUUUUUUUUUAAAGGAAUAAAUAUUAAUAUAAUCUCCUUACAACGAAACCACAUAAAUGUGAAAUUAUUAUUGAUAACAUGCAUCUCCUCGUAAAGUAAGUAUUAUUUUAUUUUGCGAUUUACACCAAUGGAUAGGCAAUUUAUUAAUAAACAUUUCUAUAGUAAAUUUUUUUUCAAAACACCAAAAUUUGAUUUUAUUAAGAAAUUAUUUUAAAAUCUGGGCAUAUUUACUGCUCACGGGCUUGCUGAAGUCAGUGAGCGCUGAGCUCUUCGAUGUGAAGCCCGUGUCGUUAGAGCGUCGACCAACGCAUACGCCACGUCAUAUGAGUCGAUAAUAUUAUUACUUAUUAUUACGGAUCGCCGUAAUGCCGUGCGAAAAAUGGAAUAAAACGCGCUGGUCUUGCUUUUAACUGGAGGCAAGCGGCGGUGAGGAGGAACUUGUACUUUUUCUUUUCUUGCUGGUGCCUUUUCGGUGGCUGGAGAGCGACUGUUGACCCUAGCGGCCGGCCCGUCUUUUAUAUGAUUUUUGCCGCUGCUGGCCAGCGGACCCUUGCCUCACCCCCGCGCCUAUCUUUAUUUAUUUAAUAACCUUACAAACUAAUAAACAUAAUUCACUAUAUAAUAUUCUUAUAACUACUUGUUAGACUAGGGUGUACAUAUCAAUAUUUUUACUUAUUUACAGGUUUACAUUAUAAUUUUCAGCUGCUUUAGGCGGAGAAUCCUUCCCCCCGCCUCAGCACUAUAAAUAUAAAACGUCGUGGCGCGGUGCGCGUGGCUUCAUUUGCUCCUCGGCCGCGUCACGAUAACAUGCUCUUUGGUUACACUACUACUAUUUUUUUUAUGUGCCUAACGGCCUAAUAUAUUUAUUAUAUAAUAAAGUAAACAUUUAUUAUAUUUAACAAUUAUAGUUUUCAUUAGAAGACUAUGCUAACUCUCCCUGUUCAUACGGUGCCUUUAUUUGGGAGAGUUAUUGCACAGUUACAACUCAACCUUAAACUUAGUUAUAAUACAAUCAUUAUUUUUUAUCGUUCGAUACAAGUAAUACAAUUAUUUACACAAAUUAUAAUUUAAAUUCAACAUAAGGUUGCGCUAGUUCCGCCGUAUAACCCUUGCUAGUUGUCGAACCAGAGGCGUGGCCUGAUAAUUACACCGUCGUCCUGGCUCCGCCCACCGCUCCUAGGUUGUUCAACUAGCGCCGGUUACAAUAAGCAUUUUCUUUCGUUUGUUUAAUAUUGUUGCGUCGUGCACACUUAUUAGGUUAUUUAUAGGUAGUAUUAUUUGUUUGUUUUGGGUAUAAUUUUUCGUAUUAGUUAUACAUAUAUUUGUUGUGUUUUUUACUGCGCGAUGAAGAUUUUUGCGUGUAUUUUCUUUGAAGUAAAUGCAAAUAAAAAAAUGAAGCACCAUUAGCAUGUAAGGUUCGAAUCCAUAAUUAAAAUUUCGACAAAUAUUAUAAUUUACACUAUAAAAGGCUAAUUCAAUAUUAUCACCCAACCACAAUAUCUUAUCAGGUAUAGUACUGCCUCGUUGGUCUAGUGGUUGUAGUAGUGCGACUGCUGAUCAUGAGGUCCCGGGUUCGAAUCCUGGGUCGGGCCAAAAAGUCAGUUAUGAGUUUUUCAUUUAUGCUCUAAGUUAUAAUUAGUAUUACUAAGUUAUAGUUUUUUGCUAAAAUAUAGUAUAUUAUUUAUUGCUUGUUUUUUCUUCUUUUUCAAAAAAUAAUUGAGUACAUAAGGUGUUCUAUACUUAUAACUCGGUAAAAAGUACUAAUAUACCUACUUUUUACUAUAAACUAAAAAUUUUUAAAACUAAAUUUAACUAAAAAGACUAAACUGACCAUUUAUUUUUUAACUCAUAACAGGACAUGGGUUUAUUUAUACUCUAAAAACUAUAACUUUAUACAGUUAGUGUUCACUAUAAAAUUAUAUUCGGUAUAGACGGUAAUUAUUAAAUGCAACAUAUUUUUUUUUAAUUAUUAAUUACAUUUGUCAGUGGAUUAAAUUUGCUUUAAUAAAGUUGGUGAUGAUUUUAAAUAAGAAUAAAAUUCUGCUCUAGU